AUGUCGUCUCCACGUGUCGUCGUCGGCAGCGCAACGGUCCAGCGGGACGCGCUGCACUUUCCCCACAUCAUCGAUGCAAUCCUUGCGGCGACGGCCUGGAAGGACCUGUACAUCUGGCGCUUGACCUCACGCUCGAUACGUGACCAAAUCGACCGAAUGAUGACCUCGCAUGUCAUUGCAACGGCUCUGUACCCCGACGACCCCAGCGAGGGACUUGAUAUGACGUCGCCGCCCAACCGUGGUGCUAUCCCUGGUCUCUUGGGCUAUUGGUUCGAACCCAGCUAUGACAUCCAUUAUCCGGGAAGCAGAAUAACAUCUUACGCUCUCCUCAAUGGGAUCAGGACACUGGAUGUCUAUCCUCCGGUCAGCGGUGUCGUUGACCAGCUAGAGGGUAUAGGCAACUCGCCGUUCGGUGAGACGUUCAAAAGCCUUCAGUGCCUUCGUUUCCACCCCCGUGUUCUGGCCGACUACUCCCACGACCUCUCUUAUCACGCCCCAACAAAGGUCGUCAUCUUUGGAGAGGUGGCAUGCGUUGAGUGGUACGAUAGUACUGUCCCUACGUACACAUACAGCAUCCGGGUCCUACCCGGUUCUCGCCCGCUCGAGACGUCCAGACCAUCCAAGUUGGUGGUCAAUAUUCUGUACCACCGGUCCUCGCAGCACAAUGGGUACGAGGAUGAGUUCUUUGAGGACCGCGACCUGAUCCCCACAAGCCUCUCUGAGUCAGUCAUCGUCUUCAGCAACUGGGGCCCCUGGACCGAGAAGGCUCCACGAGACUGGUCGCCAAGCGUUUUGGACGGACUGCCACCAUCGACCGCACGCCGCUUGUCGCUUGUCGACUUCAUUAUCCGGGUGUUUCUCAACUCGGAGACAGCCAGAGUCACCAUCGUCGACUUGCAAAAGCCCGAUUUCGAGUGGAUGUUUAAAGGAAUGAGCCAGGACGGCGAGUUAUCGGAGCGAGAUGCUCUCACCCGUGAACUUCACACCGAGAUCAAUUACUUGGAGACUGGCUACCGUACGGAAGAUUACAAUUACUUGGCGACCUGCUACCGUGCAGCAGAUCACGCAAAGUGCCAACUGCUCCGCUCUCUGGUUGACAAUGUCGAGUACCUCACCCUUAGCGAGAUUUAG